AUGAAGGCCUUCGCGGCCGAAGUCUUGACUCCGUGCGAUCUCGAGCAGCAGCGGCGGGUGGCCUACGAGGAGGGGGCCAGCUUCGCGCGUGCGCACAACCUCCUGUUCGUGGAAACGUCGGCGAGCACGGGCCACAUGGUCGAUGGAGGCGUUCUCCAUGUGCGCAGAGAAGGUGUACGACAACAUAAGAAUAGGAGCCAAGGAGAGCACCUGGGCAUCCCGGCAGGCCUGUACGACCUCAGCGACGAGAGCAGCGGCGUGAAGGUCGGCGGGCCGCCACAGCAGCCCCGGCCGCCCUACGGCGGCGGCCCGCCGGGUGCGGGCCUGUGCUGCGGUUGA